AUGUCGUUGAGCAAGUUAGGGAACCUAUCACGACCUCGCGCUGCGGUUUUCAUCAAAUUCUUCAGCUCAGAGUUUCGUUCGCAAUUAGGAGGACCUAAAGUUCCAAAUCCAUUUAAGGAUCCAGCAAGAACGAUUCCACAGACUAUUAUUUCGCAAAAUAAUGGAAGUGUUUAUGUAAACCGGAAAAUAGCAGAAGAAACGAAUGAAGCUGUAGACUACAAUUCAAGCUCUUAUCAAAAAAUAGAUGAUUUGAUCGAAAAGAAUGUGACUCCUGAAAAAAAUGUUUCAAAGCCUGACCGAUUUCCCGAAAAAAUACCAGAAGAAGACGAUUUUAGUAAACUGAAAAAUACGUUGGAACAUCUUGAAGCAGCAGCAGCGAGGACAGCAUCCAGUUCAGGAGGCUCGAAUGAUGAUUCAGAAAAUAUUCGAGCUGAAGAAAUUGAAAAACGUCGUAUAAAAAUGGAGAGAAACACAAGAAUCGGUGGAAUGGUUCUUGCUGGUAGCUCAAUUAUUGGUCUCAUUGCCUUCUGUGUUUACUAUGGACGUCCUAAACGAGAUGAGAACGGCAACGUGAUUGAGGACGAAUUCACAGGUUCUAUCCUUGCACCAUUCUACAGAAUCGCCAACAGUUUCAAAAUUUGGAGAGACUAUGUGGUAGAACCAGCAAGGGAGCAACUUUUACCAGACCCUCUCCCUGCACCCUAUCUCCAGCCAAAAUACACAAUCGUCAUUGAAAUAAAGAAUGUUCUUGUUCAUCCAGAAUGGACGUACAAGACAGGAUACAGAUUUUUGAAACGUCCUGCUCUUGAUUAUUUUCUUGACGUCAUUGGCUAUCCAAAUUUUGAGGUCGUUGUGUACUCUUCAGAGUCUAUGAUGACCGCCGCGCCAGUUGUUGACAGUUUCGACCCGAAACAGCGAAUCAUGUACAAGCUUUUCCGUGACUGCACCAAGUACAUGAAUGGACAUCACGUCAAAGAUCUUUCAAAACUCAAUCGCGAUCUUUCGAAAGUCAUCUUUAUCGAUUUCGAUCCAAAAUCUGGACAACUUAAUCCUGAAAAUAUGUUGCGCGUGCCGGAAUGGAAGGGAAAUAUGGAUGACACAUCGCUUGUCGAUUUGGCAGAAUUGUUGAAAACAAUUCAUCUCAGUGAUCCAGAAGAUGUUAGGCCAAUGAUUCAAUAUUAUUCUCAGUAUGAUGAUCCAGCAAAGGAAUUCAGACGCAGAGCGAUUUAUUUGGCUGAACAGGAAUCUCAAAAACAUGCUCAACAAGAAGAUCAAUCAAUGAUCAAACGAUACACUGGAAAACUUUUCGGUUUCCGUCGACAUGCAUCGGUCUAA